GGACGUGGCUGGAAAGCGAGCGGUGCGACAGGUGCUGGACGGAGGAAAGGGCGGCAGCGCGCCGGGACUCAGUGGCGGAAAGGGAAGAGAGAUGCGACUCCCUUCUGCAGAUCGUAGAGGACGCUAACCGAAUCUGGACAGUGGGGUGACCAUAUGGCCAGGAUCAGUUUUUCCUGCCUGUGUCCAGCAUCUUGGCACUUCACUGUGCCUUCAGUGAGCCUUUGUCUCCGUCAGCGUUUUGCCCUGGUACUCCUGUUAUUUGCAGUCUCUCUUCUACUGAUUGUGGCAAUUAAAAAUCUGUGGCAUUGGAAAGCUGAUUCCCGGGAUUGGCAGUUUGAAAGGUAUUUAGCACGAUAUCGCGCCUUGGAGGCAACAGACACGAAGAAUCCAGCUCUGAGUUACGGGGUGGUUGUUGACUGUGGGAGCAGUGGGUCCCGGGUCUUUGUGUAUUAUUGGCCACCACACAAUGGGAAUCCUCAUCACUUACUUGACAUCCGACAAAUGCGAGAUCACAGCAGUGAACCUGUGGUCAAGAAGAUCAAACCAGGGAUUGCUACACUGGCAAAAACUCCAGAGAAGGCUAAUGAAUAUAUGAAGCCACUGCUCACUUUUGCUGCUGCCUAUGUACCCAAAGUCAAGCACAAAGAGACACCGCUCUACAUUAUGUGUACAGCAGGCAUGAGGCUGUUGCCUGACAAGCAGCAGGAGGCCAUCCUGGAGGACUUGGUGAGGGACUUACCUUUGGAUUAUGACUUCCUCUUCUCGGAAUCUCAGGCAGAAGUAAUUUCAGGGAAACAAGAAGGUGUCUAUGCUUGGAUAGGCAUCAACUUCGUCCUAGGCAGAUUUGAUCAUGCGGAAGAGGAAGAUGCAGUGAUUUCUGUGACCCUGUCAGGUCAAGAAGAGCCCAUGCUCCGAAAAAGAACAGUUGGUAUCCUCGACAUGGGAGGUGCUUCCCUUCAAAUAGCCUAUGAGGUGCCAAGCUCAACCUUCUUUUCUUCCCCACAGCAGGAGGAAGCUGCCAAAAGCUUUCUUGCGGACUUCAACUUGGGAUGUGAUGUGCAACACACAAAUCAUGUGUAUCGGGUCUAUGUCAAUACUUUUUUGGGCUUUGGAGGCAACUUUGCUCGGCAACGAUAUGAAGAACUGGUGCUGAAUCAGACAAUCGUUCGCAACAGGUUGCGCAGUGUACAGAUAGGCAUGAAUCCUGAAGUGCCAGUCUUAGACCCAUGCCUGCCAAUGGGACUAGAGGAUGUUGUGGAUAAAGGUGGGCAGGCAAUGCAUGUCAAGGGUCAAGGUAAUUGGAGGAGCUGUGCAGAACAACUGCGCCCCCUGUUGGCUGGAGACAACAGUAGUGGAAGUUCUUUGAGUAAUUCCUAUCAGGCAUCUAUUGAUUUUACGAACAGUGAAUUCUACGGGUUCUCAGAAUUCUACUACUGCACUGAUGACGUGCUACGUCUAGGAGGACCUUAUCAAAGCAGUGCAUUCACACGUGCUGCCCAAGAUUAUUGUAGCCUGAGCUGGUCAGUAUUGCUACAGAGAUUCCAAGACAAGCUUUACUCACCACAUGCAGACCUCCACCGUGUUAAGUACCAAUGCUUCAAGUCAGCUUGGAUGCACCAGGUUCUGCAUGAAGGAUUCCAUUUCCCCAAAGAUUACUCUAGCUUGCGAACAGUGCAGUUGUUAUAUGACCGAGAAGUGCAAUGGACAUUGGGAGCCAUUCUUUAUAAAACCCGCUUUUUACCUCUCAGGGACAUCCAACGGGAGAGCUUCCAUCAGUCGCACAGCUCUUGGUUCCAUCUUUCCUUUGUCUACUAUCUGUUCUUUGGAUGUAUUCUUGUGGUGACGCUUGCAAUUGGGCUCUACCUCUUCCGUCUGCGCCGUAUCCACCAGCCGCCAUUGCAGUCAGCACCCCUUGAUCUGCUGUGGCUAGAAGUUGUACCACUGCCAGCCCAGGAAGAAGGCUCCUGACAAAAGAAUGCUAUCAGGACGAUCUCAGUGACUGUCCAGUGUUUCCUUAUUGGCACUGGUUUUUAACAGACCAAAAGCUGUGAUUCCCCUUUUUCCCCCCAGUCCAGAAUACUGUAGCACUCCUCAUUAGCCUCAGAGUGGCUGCUCAAUAAUACUCUACCCCAAGGGCCUUGGCUGCCAGGGGACUUCAGAUUGUGUCUGAAGUUCUUAGCUGGGGUAGGACAAUCACGUUGCAGGUAUUACAGGGCAAGGACCAAAGGUUCGCUUCCAUCCCUAUUGGAGUUGGAAACAGUAUCAAUGCAAAUGACCAAAGAAAACUACUCAGGAAAAGGUGGGUGAGAGAACUUUCCAUGGGAGAUUUGCAGGACCAAGCAGCUUUUCUGAGGGAUCUUCUGCAAAGGAAAGUGAAGAGCUCAUACUGGUGCUUGGCCUCUGUUUCGAAAAGAGGCUUCUUGUACCAGUGGCUGAGAGAGGACAAUGUUUGAAAAUGGACGAUCCAUUGGACAAAAAGCCCACUCUUUCAAAACAAGAAGAAAAAGAAGCUAUAAUUGGCUGCUACUUUCUGCCUUCUUUUUCCACUUGUGGUUUUCGAGGAACUGAAUUUUGCUCAUAUAGAGCAUGGAGAUUUUGUCAGAUUUCCUAUUACAUACAUGAUGAAGGUUGGCUCAUUGUUGAUGCUCCUUCCUUGGGCACUUCAUCUAUUUCUAGUAUUGCAGAAAACUAUUUUGAAAUACAAAACCAUUCUGGAUAACUGUCUAAAUCAACGGUGGGCUACAUUUCAUAAUGUAUUUGUUUGAAUACUUGAAAUCCAGUUAACUGUAGCAAUAAAUUAUAUUGAGCUACCUAAUCAGAGUUUCUUGAAACCAUCUUUGAUGUUUCUUUUUCAUAGCCCAAGGGGCUACACAAGCCAUUAUUCCUCAUGUGCCUUUCUACCUGGUUGAAGAUCUAAAGGGAAAAAAUACUUUUUAAAAAAAUGUUGGAAUGCUUGCGCAGAAUAAACUCUUGCAUU